AUGGAUUUCCUUCAGCGCCUUGCGCAUUUCCUUGAUAGACCACUAUUCCCUUGGAAGAAGCUCAUCGUUGGAUUCUCUCUUGCACAAUACUUAUUCGAAGGGUUCCUCUCUCUCCGCCAAUACCAAGUCUUAAAGCAAACUCGUCCACCCAAGGUUCUAUCAAAUGAGGUCUCACAAGAAGUUUUUGACAAAAGCCAGGCAUAUGGACGCGCAAAAGCAAAGUUUGGUUUCGUGGCAGGACUCUAUGGACAAAUCCAAAACACGGCAUUCAUUUAUUUCGACGUUCUUCCCAAGCUCUGGGAGUUGACUGGCUCAUGGCUUCUACAACUUGCACCCGCUCGAUUCAGCGGCGAGAUUUCUCAUUCAAUCGUCUUCGUCCUUACUUUUAUCAUAAUCCAACAGAUUCUUUCGCUGCCGACUUCAAUUUAUCAGACAUUCGUGCUGGAGGAGAAGUUCGGUUUCAAUAAACAAACUCCUCAAAUUUUCGUUACAGAUAUGUUGAAGGGACAAAUGUUGGCAUUCGCUUUGACUCCACCAAUUCUCGCUGGGUUCCUCUCUAUCAUACAACAGACUGGUCAAGAAUUCUUCUACUACUUGUGGAUGUUUGGCGCUGGGCUCCAGGUUUUCAUGAUUACCAUUUACCCAAUUACGAUUCUGCCCUUGUUUAACAAGCUUUCACCUCUCGAACCCGGAGAAUUGAAGGAUGGUGUCGAAGACUUGGCUAAGCGUCUAAACUUCCCUCUUCACGAAUUGCAUGUUAUCGAUGGCAGCAAGCGCAGUGCUCAUAGUAAUGCCUAUUUCUUUGGUCUGCCAUGGAAGAAGCAUAUUGUCAUCUAUGAUACCUUGAUUGAGAAGAGCGACACACAAGAGAUUGUAGCUGUUCUGGCACAUGAACUUGGUCACUGGAGUCGCGGACAUACUACAAAGCUCUUUGGAAUUUCACAGCUCCAUUUCUUCUACAUCUUCUCCCUGUUCUCCGUCUUCAUCAACAACCGUUCCUUGUACCAAUCCUUUGGUUUCCAUAACGAGUUCCCAAUCAUAAUCGGCUUCAUCUUGUUCUCUGAUGCGCUUGCCCCUAUGGACACAGUCAUAAAGCUCUGGAUGAACAUCCUGAGCAGAAAGUACGAGUUUGAAGCAGACAGCUUCGCACAAGGACUCGGAUACCAGGCUGAGCUGGCUCGGUCCUUGAUCAAAUUGCAGAUCCAGAAUCUGAGCACUAUGGAUGCCGAUUGGAUGUAUGCAAGCUACCAUUUCUCGCAUCCAAUUUUGUCGGAGAGAUUGGGUGCUCUAGGAUGGAAGUCGAGUGGUCCGGUUGCACCCGUGGCUGCAAAAGAUGAGAAGGUUGCAAAGGACGAGAAGGUCGCAAAAGCCAGUGGUAGAGAACUGUAG